AUGCCGCCACUUUUAGCGCCCGGAAGGCUUCCCAUUAGGUGCUACGGUUGCGUGGGCGUUGAGGACUGCGCCAACGGUGGGUCAAAGCUGCGCUGUCAACGGGACUACGAGGUAUGCGUCACGAUCUACGAAACUUCUCCGACUUGGAUCAUCCACAGCCCCGGGGAUCCCCCCUUCGACGGGUCUCCAAGACAUUCCGAAAAGGUCGUAGAGAAGGGAUGUGGUAAAGUGGACGAAGGGAUCGUCGUAAAUGAUGACCAUUGUCAUUUCGACGGCGCUAAUCGGUACAUUUGCUAUUGCUUUUUCGACUUGUGCAACUCGGAAAACAGCCGUUCUCUGUCAGAAUACCAAAAUGAGGUAGAAUCCUCGUUGCUUCACUGUUACUCGUGCAACGUUGGCGCACACUGCUCCACCGGAGGACGACCAAUCGAGUGCAACCGUCACGACAAUGUGUGCUCUACGAAAUACUCCGGACGUCCGUCUUGGCACAUGUACCGCACCAAAAUGCCGACUCGAGCGACGGUUCCGGGCAUGGAACAGGUCGCACUGAAGCAGUGUUUCAAUGAGCGGUCGAUCGCACGGUACACCCUGAACAACACCGCACUGACCAUGUGUUGCAUGAUUGGCGAAGAUCUUCACUGCUUGUGCACUGCCAACCUGUGCAACUUCGAAAACUCGGCCGAUUCUUUAUCGGCUUCGAUGCAGUUACGCCCAGUCGUGACACUCACAUGCAUCCUUUCGGUUAUAUGCACGUUUUUCUACGCAACUUUUCUUGGAACAUAUUAGAACGCCUCCAGAUUCUAGAAAAUUCUUUUCUUACUUUGGAGGCCAUGCAUUUCACGACCAUCAAAUAGAAAAUAGUGCGAGUGAGUGAUUGUUUCCGCAGCGAUGGAGUAUUAAUCUCCUCUUGACGUGAACAGUGUUUUUCAGCGGCG